AAGCACAUCCUAACCCUACCUCUGUAAUACAUCCACCUUAGUCUUUGCUUUUCCUACUCCACAAGCUUCUCAGCAUUCAGCAGUCUCAGAACUAACAUUCAAGCACAGAGCUAAGGUGGGUCAGAAAAGUGGUGGGUUGGGUGAGGUGAGGAAGGAGCCUGCCAAAGGCAGGACCCCUCCCCCCCAGGUGAACAGCCUGAGCCCGGGAUUAAACAAGACUCCUGACUGCUCAUUCCCCAAAAAGCAGCAAGUGGACUCGUGUCCAGGCGGUGAUCCCGCCCACCAGAGCUGGGAAUGACUUUCAGAAACGAGUCAGCGUGCCUCCAAAAGAGUUUGCAAUUGCGACUGCUAACUCCUACCUUUGAAGGGAUCCAUGGACUGUUACUGAAACAGCAUCUAUUCCAGAAUCCAGUUAGACUCUGGAAGAUUUUAGGUGGCACUUACUAUUUUAACACCUCGAAGAGGAAACAGAAGACUAAGGACCAUGAUAAAUCCAAGGGGAGGACUCCUGAAGAUGAUGAAGAGGAAAGGAAGCGCAAGGAGAGGGAGGACCAGAUGUACCGUGAGAGGCUGCGCACGUUGUUCGUCAUCGCCGUUGUCAUGAGCCUGCUCAAUGCACUCAGCACCAGCGGGGGCAACAUUUCCUGGAAUGACUUUGUCAACGAGAUGCUGGCUAAGGGCGAGGUGCAGCGGGUCCAGGUGGUGCCUGAGAGUGACGUGGUGGAAGUGUACCUGUACCCUGGAGCUGUGGUAUUCGGGCGGCCUAGGCUGGCUUUGAUGUACCGAAUGCAGGUGGCAAACAUCGACAAAUUUGAAGAGAAGCUUCGAGCGGCUGAAGAUGAGCUGAAUAUCGAAGGCAAGGACAGGAUCCCGGUUUCCUAUAAGCGUACGGGAUUCUUUGGAAAUGCCCUCUACGCCUUGGGGAUGACAGCGGUGGGCUUGGCCAUCCUGUGGUAUAUUUUUCGUUUGGCUGGAAUGACUGGAAGGGAAGGAGGAUUCAGUGCUUUUAACCAGCUCAAAAUGGCUCGUUUCACAAUUGUGGAUGGCAAGAUGGGGAAGGGAGUCAGCUUCAAAGAUGUGGCAGGAAUGCAUGAAGCCAAACUGGAGGUCAAAGAGUUUGUGGAUUAUCUGAAGAGCCCAGAGCGCUUCCUUCAGCUUGGUGCCAAAGUCCCAAAGGGUGCACUUUUGCUUGGGCCCCCCGGCUGUGGGAAGACACUGCUGGCCAAGGCUGUGGCGACGGAGGCCCAGGUGCCCUUCUUGGCAAUGGCCGGCUCAGAGUUUGUGGAGGUCAUUGGAGGCCUCGGCGCUGCCCGAGUGCGGAGCCUCUUCAAGGAGGCCCGCGCCCGGGCCCCCUGCAUCGUCUACAUUGAUGAGAUCGACGCCGUGGGCAAGAAGCGCUCCACCACCAUGUCUGGCUUCUCCAACACAGAGGAGGAGCAGACUCUCAACCAGCUACUGGUGGAAAUGGACGGAAUGGGCACCACCGACCAUGUCAUCGUCCUGGCAUCCACCAAUCGAGCUGACAUUUUGGACAAUGCUCUGCUGAGGCCAGGCCGACUGGACCGACAUGUCUUCAUCGACCUCCCCACACUGCAGGAAAGGCGGGAGAUAUUCGAGCAGCACCUGAAGAGCCUGAAGCUGACCCAGGCCAGCAGCUUUUACUCACAGCAUCUGGCAGAGCUCACACCGGGGUUCAGCGGUGCUGACAUCGCCAACAUCUGUAACGAAGCUGCUCUGCACGCUGCACGGGAAGGGCACACGUCUGUUCACACGUUUAACUUUGAGUACGCCGUGGAGCGUGUCAUUGCGGGGACGGCCAAAAAGAGCAAGAUCCUCUCCAAGGAAGAGCAGAAGGUGGUUGCGUUUCAUGAGUCAGGCCACGCUUUGGUUGGCUGGCUGCUGGAGCACACGGAGGCUGUGAUGAAGGUCUCCAUCACGCCUCGGACAAAUGCUGCACUAGGCUUUGCUCAGAUGCUCCCAAGAGAUCAGCACCUCUUCACCAAGGAGCAGCUGUUUGAGCGGAUGUGCAUGGCCCUGGGUGGCCGCGUGUCAGAGGCCAUCUCCUUCAACAAAGUCACUUCUGGGGCGCAGGAUGACCUGAGGAAGGUCACUCGUAUUGCCUACUCCAUGGUGAAGCAGUUUGGGAUGGCACCCAGCAUUGGGCCUGUCUCCUUCCCUGAGGCUCAGGAGGGCCUUGCAGGCAUUGGACGGCGACCCUUCAGCCAGGGCCUCCAACAGAUGAUGGACCACGAAGCUCGAAUGCUGGUGGCUAAGGCCUAUAGGCACACUGAGAAGGUGCUGCAGGACAAUCUGGACAAGCUGCAGGCGCUGGCGAAUGCCCUGCUGGAAAAGGAAGUGAUCAACUACGAGGACAUCGAGGCCCUCAUCGGGCCCCCACCUCAUGGGCCCAAGAAGAUGAUCGCACCUCUGAAAUGGAGUGACACCGAGAGGGAGAAGCAGGAUGCUGGGGAGGAGGAGGCACCUCAGCAGCCCCAGCUUCGAGGGGAGGAACCGUCUUGGCCCAAAUAGCUGGAGCUCAUUAAUGGUGCCUGUGGGGACCCAGGGAGUGAACUCUUUACUUAGCUGGCCCCCAAGUUCCUUUUCACCUGAGAAUUGUACCUCAUAGCCCUCACUGGUUCCUGGUGAAGGGCUUUUGAGAUCUAUUGGUCUCUCUGCCUGUGAUUAGUAAAGACUUUGCAGAGGUGAAUGAUUUAGUUUUGCUUUUGUAGAUCAUUUUCCCCCACGGGGAGGGUUGUCAGUGGUUGUUACAGGUGCACAUGUAGUUCCUAGGUUUAUGACACUUGUCUUGUGGGUGUGGGGUGGAUGUAGGGGCAGCCCAGAAGUCAGGCUCAUGCUGGGGCUUGUGCAGGGGCUCUUCCCAGCUCCUGUAACUUUGUCAGCAUGCUAAACAGGAUCCACGAUGAAAAGACACUGAGUGAAUGUCCCCGUCCUCACUCAUCAAUGGGGUUACAGAAGAGGGGACAGGCACUGGGCUCUAAAGGAUUAAAACACUGCCAUCUACUGCCAUGCAGACUGGUGCAUGCAAGAACCUCUCCUCACUGGUCUGGUGGCACCAUGUGGGGGAUACUUGAGGAGUGUUGAUACUUUAUGAUGGAAAAUCCAACUUUGUACCAUGUUAUCAGCUCUAACCCAGAGAGGCUGUUGGGUUUGUCCUGGGUGACUGGAUUAUGUGUUUGCAGGUUAUAAUUUCAGCAACUGAAGAGCCCCCUUUGUAGGAAUCUGGGAUAAAGGACCAAGGUUACCCCAUCACUGCAAGUCAGACAAGUGCACUAAGCUCCCAUCUCCCUGGGGGUGUGCAGCAUGCACUCAGGUGCUCCUACCUGCUGCUGCUCUCAUCACUGCAAUUAUGGGUAUUUCCUGACAGAAUGAUUGUUCUGUUGCUACUCCCACAUUGUGCCAAGGAAAUGCCUGCUAAGCUGUAGGUGGGCAGAUGCUGGUGUGGUUACACACCUGAGGGGGGCAGCUCUGAGGGCACUAGCUUUUUGAGGACACCUUUUCCCCAGUUCUCCAAAUUCAUUUCCAAAGUCUGUGGCAUCUUUGCCUGAGGGCAGUAUCCUUUGUAACCUGUAAAGGUGGAUAUGGCAAGCUCAUCCCUUGUAUUUUAUUCAUUAAAAUGACCCAUGUCUGUAUAUCUUUUGGGAAAUCAUUUGCUGAGAGCCAGAAGAUGCUUAGCCAGGAAUAGGAUGUACAUGGCAUGAAAGGGCUGCCUUGCUAUAGUGGGGGAAGGUACAGCUUGCUUCCCAGCAUUUGCUGGUAUGAGUAGGCUCAUGGAGGGCGGUGCUUGUGCUCUGAUUGAUAUGAGCUGUUUGCAGACUUUGGCGCUCUGGUCAAAUUAUGUCACCUCCCUGUCAUGAGACACAUGACAUUUCAGAGUGCCAGGAAUUACACCUCCUCUGCGCUCUCAUGUGCAGAUGAUGUUCACACCUCCUAUAUUAAAAAAAUUUUUUUUGUUAA